AUGUCACCUAAACCUGAAGCGCCGCCACCCCGCACCUGUACUGGUCACCCGGUGACGGGCAGUAAGGCCGCCGAUGGCCUCUGCAACCCAUACUACUACCCCAUCCUCCGCAUCACAGCUUGUUCGUACUGCCAGAAAGACUACUCGGAGGUGACGGCUUAA